GAAACUUGCCACUUUCCAAUUGUUCACUUUCCUCUUUUACCUCAAUGGCUUUGGAAUGGGUUGUUCUUGGCUACGCCGCGGGUGCAGAAGCAAUCAUGCUCCUUCUCUUAACACUCCCGGGUCUUGACCCGCUUCGUAAAGGUCUAAUAACCGUGACCCGAAAUCUACUCAAACCAUUUCUCUCAAUCAUACCCUUUUGUCUUUUCCUCUUAAUGGAUAUCUACUGGAAAUACGAAACCCGACCCGCAUGUGAAUUACCCGAAUCUUGUUCCCCAUCCGAACACUUACGUCAUCAGAAAUCAAUCAUGAAGUCUCAACGCAACGCGCUUUUGAUCGCGUGUGCGAUUGUGUUUUAUUGGUUGUUGUAUUCUGUUACGGGACUUGUUGUGAAAGUUGAGAUGCUUAAUAAGCGCGUGGAGAAAUUGAAGGCUCAAGAUUGAUCGUGUCGGUUUUGUUUUUUCGGGUCGGAUAAGGUUUAAUUUUUUAUGGUGUUGUUUAAUUUGGAUCAUUUACUGUUUUAUUGUGUUAGUAAUUGUAUUAGAGAUGUUAUUAUAAGACUUGAAAAAGCUGAUAAAGGGUUGUUUUAUUA